GGAGGCUGGGGGUGUUUUCCUGGGCUUGAAGUGGUUGGGAAAAGCCUCCUCAUGUUUCUCCUGCCUCCUCCAUCGCAGCAGGGCUGGUGUGGGAGCUGAGCAGGCGCGGGGGGAUCCCGGCCGGGUGUCGGCAGGCAGGAGCCAAGCAGCGAGAGCUCUCGGAGAGAAUCACAACCCCCUUUGGCCUUGGCGCGGAGCCGCCCGCCCCACCCUGCCCUCCCCGCACGCUCCCGCACGGAGAUAAGGCCGGGCCGGGGCCGGGGCUGCGGCAGCGCCCGGCGUGUGGCAACAGGCUCGGAGUGAAACUCAGCGCAAGGCGCAGCUCAGAUCCCUAUCGGGCACCGCGGCCCACGGCCAGCCCGGAACAGCCGAAAUCCUGCAGAGAGAGGAGGCUGUGAACCUCUUCAUUUACAGCCCGAGAGAUGCGGAACGGCCCCGCUGGGAUGGGGAAAGGCAGCCCCGGGCUGGAGCUGCUGGGGAUGGGGUCUCCCCUCGCUGGUCCCACCACGGGGCGUUUUUGGGGGGUCCCACCGUGAGGGGCUCAAAGGCGAGCGCUGACUGUGCCCCGCUUUUUGGGCCGGUCCCUCCCGCGGCGCCUGGGAGAGGUGCGGAGCCUCUGCCUCGGUUUCCCCACCUGUGGGAAUAAAUACCUGCCUGUCAAGCCCUCGCAAUUACCGCCGAGGCAAUCUCCAUAUUAAAAACGACUGUGAUAUGACUUUUUCGGGGGGGUGGGACCCAUUUUCACGAGCGGCCACACCCCGUGCCCCAUUUCUCCGGGCUGGGGACGAGCCCAGCGCUCGCUGCCCGUGUCCCCGUCCCCCCCAAAGGACAGCGCAGCUCCGUCGCCUCCCCAGCGCUCUCAGCAGCUCCAAGGGCGUUUCCCGGUGCCGGGGCGGGCGUUGGCUCUGGGGAGAGCCCCGGGGCACCCGCGGGUGCCGCACCCACGGGGAGGGCAGGGCGUUGGCCGCCCCCCGCGCCCCCUCCCCAGCCCCGCCGCCCGCGGGCGAUGAAUCACCGCGAUUUUCCUUUUAAGGCCGCGCUCGGCGGGGAGGAAGCAGAGGAGGAGGAGGAGGAGGACACUCCUUGGACCUGGCUGGCUCCUCCUGCUCUCGCUCGAGGCUCCGACGCGCAGCCAAAAGCGAAUCCCGGCGGCGGCGCUCGGCAGAGGCUCCGACGGCUCCCGGCCCCGCUGCUCGCCCGACGCCCGCGUCCCAGCCAUGGCAAGAAACCAGCAGGUGCAGAAGGCCAAGCUGGCCGAGCAGGCUGAGCGCUACGAGGACAUGGCCGACUUCAUGAAGGCCGUGGUGGAGCACGGCGACGAGCUGUCCAACGAGGAGCGCAACCUGCUCUCGGUGGCCUACAAGAACGUGGUGGGCUGCCAGCGCUCGGCCUGGAGGGUCAUCUCCAGCAUCGAGCACAAAACCGAGGAGGGCGACGACAAGGCGCAGGUGGUGAACGAGUACCGGGAGAAGGUGGAGCAGGAGCUGAACGCCGUCUGCAACAACGUGCUGGGCUUGCUGGACAAGUAUCUCAUCAAGAAGGACAGCGACACCGAGAGCAAGGUCUUCUACCUGAAGAUGAAGGGCGACUACUUCCGAUACCUGGCCGAGGUGGCCAGCGGGGACGACCGCCUGUCGACGAUAGAGAAGGCCCAGGAGGCCUACCAAGAGGCCAUGGACAUCAGCAAAAAGGAGAUGCAGCCCACGAACCCCAUCCGCCUGGGGCUGGCCCUCAACUUCUCCGUGUUCCACUACGAGAUCGCCAACGCCCCCGAGCAGGCCAUCUCCCUGGCCAAGACCACCUUCGACGAGGCCAUGGGCGACCUGCACACGCUCAGCGAAGACUCCUACAAGGACAGCACCCUCAUCAUGCAGCUGCUCAGGGACAACCUCACGCUAUGGACAGCCGAGUGUGCUGGCGAAGACGGCGGCGAGGCUGGCGAAGAGCCCAAGAACUGAGCGUCCCCUGCCCCGCUCCAGACCCUUCGGCAUCUC